GCUGCUGACCUACAGGUGUGCCGCCUCAGGUGGGCUCGCUGCUGACCGCACGUGGCCCCAGUUAACGGUGAUAAUAAGAAGAGACGUUCAAAGACUUCUGGAGCUGUUUAUUCUGCUGCUUGACAUUUACAGACGGUCCCUGAAGGCAGCACACGCUGCGUGCUGACGUCAGGCUGUGGUAAAGAUGGCGGCCGUGUGUGCUGAGCUGAAGUCCAGAGACGGACUGCGGCAGAAAGUGCGCGUGCGCGUGCGCGUGGACAACGACCUGAGCUCCGUGAUCGCCGCGGUGCACGAGCUGCACCUGAACGUGUCAUCGAUCCUCAACCAGCUGGUGGAGCGGGAAAAAACCGGAGUCUGCGCAGAAGAGGAGGAAGAGGAUGAUGAGGAGGGCAGUGAUGAAGAAGACGAAGAACCAGAGGAUCCUCCAAAAUAUGAAUCACAACCUCCAGCUAAAAGAUCCAAAACCUGAAACACGUCCAACACCUGAGACAGGAUGACAUCACUGUUACAUGUUUCAAAUGCAGAUGAUGUCAGGUGAUCAGUCAGUUAGAAGUUGAAUAAUUUGUCAAGCUUUUCACAAUAAAAAUGAUUCCUAAAAAAAA